UCAGCCUCGCCAUUUUGGCGUAUAGUUGGCCUCUGUCGUGCGUGCGUGAGUUAUCCGUCAGUUCGCCGGCCGCCGCCGCCUCCGACGAUCCCCAUCCAUCCCGCGAGCGAGCAGGGCGCCGUCGUUCGUCCUGCUGCAUCCGCCCGCAUCCAUCUGUAGGAUCAAUGGAGACGAAGUUAUCGUUUUAUCAGGACAGCCCGCCAAUUCCCAUCAUUUCUGCUGUUAAGAUAUUGUUGUUGGUUGAAGAUUGUCAUUAGGAACGGUGUUGUGUUGUGGGAGGAGGUCCUUUGGAUGAGACAAGGAGGAGCCAGGAGGUCCUCUGAAAUUUCCUUCCCUCGCAGAAAAGGUGCACAAAUAAAACAAACAAAAAGGAAGUCUGUAUCCCCACGACCCCACCCAUGGCAUUCCCCUCCACCUCGUCGGUGGCGUAUCCCAGAAGUCUGUCCCCACUGCGCCGCUGCCCCGGAUUCCUCGCCCUCCUUGUUGCCGUCCUCCUUUUCCUCUCCUUCCAGAUUGGCAGUGUCCGGAUGGCUCUUCUCCGAUCACCAGACUGGGCACAAGGGUCCCGGGAGCUGUCCUGGAUGCCACAAUGGCAUGGAUAAUGCCGAUAAGACUAUUGCUUACACGAAUCAGGAUGGUCGGAUCAGGCUGUUCAAAGUUACCACAAGAGAAUUCUUGUCGUCCUCUAUCUGGAAGAAUCCUUUGUUGCCGAAAGAUACCGAGCCGGUAGCUGAAAUACAAGAGAUUGCGGAGGAGCAGCUACUAGCCACUGGGUCAGAAGUCUCCAAUCUUUCAAGCACAGAAACUUUGGAAACUAGAACUGAUCCAAUUAAAUUAAAGAGAGAGGUGUUCCGACGUAAAAGAAAGGAGCAUAGGAUUCAGGAGUUGCUUCAGGUGGACAAGGAGGCUGAGCUCCAUAUGCGAAAUGUAGCGACAAACAGAUCGAGGAACUUCAGUAACAAAGUAAGAGCCAGCUACAACAUAUGGAGGCUGCAGUUUCACCAUACUAAUACGGAUUCAACCCUGAGACUUAUGAAAGAUCAGAUAAUAAUGGCCAAGGUGUAUGCCACAAUUGCACAUUCCCAGAAGCAACCUGACAUGUACGCGUUGCUCAUGAAGUGCAUAAAACUAUGCCAGGAAGCUAUUGGGGAUGCACACAUGGAUUAUGAACUUGAUUCGAGUGCUUUAGAGCGAGCAAAAGCAAUGGGGCAUGCCUUGUCUUCAGCUAGAGAUGUUCUGUACAACUCCGAUGAAGUAUCUAGAAGAUUGCUUGUUAUGCUGCAGUCUACAGAACUAAAUAUUGAUAGUGUUAAGAAGCAGAACUCAUUCCUGGUGCAGCAUGCUGCAAAGACGGUCCCCAUGCCCUUGCACUGUCUGCAUAUGCAGCUGACAACCGAUUAUUACUUUCGUGAUGGUAUGAUCAAGGAAUAUUUCCAUGAUGCCGCUUUGAAGGAAGAAGAAGAUAAAGCAAAGCGUGAGGAUAGGUCACUAUACCACUACGCUAUAUUUUCAGAUAACGUCCUUGCAGCCUCAGUAGUUGUCAGAUCAACUGUGACACAUGCCAAGGAACCAGAGAAGCACGUGUUCCACAUCGUCACUGAUAGACUUAAUUUUGCAGCUAUGACGAUGUGGUUUAUACGUCAUCCUCCUCUACCUGCUACUGUCCAUGUGGAAAACAUUGACAACUUCAAGUGGCUCAAUUCAUCAUACUGUUCAGUCCUACGACAACUUGAGUCAGCUCGGCUCAAAGAGUACUAUUUCAAAGCACAUGAUCCAUCAUCACUCUCUGACGGAAAUGAAAAUCUGAAGUACAGGAACCCCAAAUAUCUGUCUAUGCUUAACCAUCUAAGGUUCUACAUGCCAGAAAUACACCCCAAGCUUGACAAGAUAUUGUUUCUUGACGACGAUGUUGUUGUACAGAAGGACUUGACACCAUUAUGGGACGUUGAUCUUAAAGGGAUGGUAAAUGGUGCAGUUGAAACCUGCAAAGAAAGUUUCCAUCGCUUCGACACGUACCUCAAUUUCUCACACCCAAAGAUCGCAGAGAACUUCGAUCCACGUGCUUGUGGGUGGGCUUUUGGGAUGAACAUGUUUGACCUGAAAGAGUGGAAGAAGCAAAAUAUCACUGGAAUAUACCAUUAUUGGCAAGAUCUGAAUGAGGAUCGCAAGCUGUGGAAGCUGGGCACACUGCCUCCAGGACUGAUUACUUUUUACAACCUGACAUACCCAUUGAAUCGCAAUUGGCAUGUGUUGGGGCUUGGCUAUGAUCCAGCUGUUGACCUUGCCGAGAUUGAGAAUGCAGCAGUAGUUCAUUACAAUGGGAACUACAAGCCCUGGCUAGACCUUGCUGUCUCCAAGUACAAGCCCUACUGGUCCAAGUAUGUAGAUCUUGACAAUUCACACAUCCAGCACUGCUACAUGAGUGAGCAAUGAAAUGAAGUACGUGUAAUCCUUCACCCAGUUUUUAUUUAUUUAGUUUCUUUGUGCGCACGUGUGAGUUUCGUAGGGCAAGUUUUUCGCCAAUAGGAAGUUAGGCAUAGUUGUGUAUAUAAAUAACAUAUUUCAGACUUGAUGAUCUUGUCAUUCUUAAGCUCAAUAACCGGUUCACGUACAUGAAUUGUGUCAGGUGGUUUACAUCUUGCAGCAUAAUAGUUAUUAUUUUGUUCAUUUGAGAAUACACUGGAUAUUGUAUGAAAUGACAAAAGAACAAAUGUUGAGGCUAAUAAAAGAUCAUUCAAAUCUUUC